CCCGCCUACCUCCUCCUCCUCCUCUUCCUCCCGUCCCCGCCAUGGCGGUGCAUUACUGCUCGCUGUGCCGCCGCACCUCCUUCACCGGCCGCCGCCACCUCUACAGCACCGGGCACCGGCGGCGGCUGCGGGAGGCGCUGGAGAAGCUGCAGGAGGAGGUGGCGGCGGCGCUGGAGGUGCUGCGGGACGUGGUCGUGGUGCGGGAGGAGGCGGCGGAGCACGAGAGGAAGGUUUGGUGCCCCUGCUGCGGCCACGCCGUGCCCCGGGACUGGCGGCGAGGGGGGCUGGCGGUGCCGCAAGCCGGGCUCCUGCAGCACCUCGCCGGCCCCGAGCACCGUCGGGAGACAGCGCGGUUCCUGCGGGAGAACCGGGCGGAGGCGGCGCUGCGGGAGCGCCUGGUGCUGUCGGAGGAGGACCGCGGGCGCUUGGCGGCGGUGCUCGCAGAGGCUCUGGGCAACUACGAGGAGCAAGAGGAGGAGCGCAUCCAGCAGAUAGCAGCCAGCAUCCGGGAGGCAGAGCGCAGGCAGCGGGACACGGUGCGGGCUGCCCUCCAGGUUGGUGCUGAGCCACUGCUUUGUGCUGGACCUGCUGCCCUCAGCUCCACCGCAGCCCCCCCGAGGGAUUCCUCUCACAACACUGAGCAGCCUGGUCCAAGCAGCAUGCAGACAGGACCCAACUUAAACUGGAUGGAGUCAAGCCAGGCUUUGACCUUCAUUGGCCACCAGGAAACAGAAGGGAAAGGAAAUGUCCACACAGGUGCAAAACCUCCCUGGCUGACAGAGGAAGAUGAAGGGGAUGGAAGUGAAAAGCAAAUUGGACCUUCGUAUGAGGAAUUUCUAAGGCAAAAGGAUAAGCAGAAAUUGAAAAAGCUCCCAGCAGACCGCGUUGGUGCCAAUUUUGACCAUGCCUCUCAGACAGGCGACAGCUGGCUCCCUUCCUUUGGUCGGGUGUGGAACCACGGCAGGAGGUGGCAGUCCAGGCAUCAGUUUAGAGCUGAAUCAGGGGAAAAGAAGAAGAAAAGGUGAUGAGAAGAGGACCACAGAAGAAACCAAGCUCUGAUCUUUGUGGAAAAGUAGGCUGUAGGUAGCUCUAGCUUUGCCAGUGCCACGUUUGACAUCCAUCCAGAUGCCUCCAGUCCCCUGGAAGGCGGCCUGGCCACAGGGUAACACUGGGAGCUGAGCACUGUUGCUGAAAGCUACGUUGCAAGGGGCUGGUGCAGCAGAUCCAGUCCUGUAAAGGAUGUGCUGUGCAUCCUGGCAUUGAUUUCUGAAGUCAGACUGCACAGACAGCCCUGCUGUAAGCUGUCAGUAAGCUCAGCUUACACAGCGUACACUACACAUAGCGUGACAGCUCUUUGAAUAAACUAAGCUUUUGAGAAAUUAAAAAAAAUUAUAUCCUGUUAGUAGACCAACUGAAAGCCAUUUCGGAUACAGGGCUACUUCUAGCAACUGCUGUCCUAUGCCUGUUGUUUUCAUUUCACUUUUUGUGACUUUAACACGUUAUAGCUUUCAGAGAAAGGAAAAAUCCACUUCUGCCUCAUGUCAAGGCCAACUGUAA